AUGGCGGCCCAAGGAAAUGGACUUAUUUGUCCAAUAUGCGGACAUACAUCCAACUCGCCAGGAAAUGCGAGUGACCACCUGAGAUACAUUCACGUUGGUCUACGUUGCUUUUUCCCUGGAUGCAAUGUUCGUAGAACUUCAGAAGCCGAUCUCCGUCAACACAUAGCCGACCAGCACGGCUCGGUUGCUGCUGGAGCGAAUGGUUACUUCAGAUGUCCAUGGCCUGCUUGUGCAGGAGACUUUGCCCAUCGCAACAGCGUUAAACGCUGCUUGUUCUUUCACACGCAUGACCAAGCUAAUAACCAGCCCCAAGCACCUCAGGCGGUUACUGUCUUGAAUAACCAGGUUGCUCAACAAAUCAUCGCGCAGUUGACUCAGGUCACUGCACAGUUGACUCAAAACAGUACUCAAUUGAAUGCCAUUGCCGCACGACUGGAUGUCCUAGAGACCAAUGUGGCUUCCAUGCGUGAGGAGGUACGAGACGUUGCCGCAAAUAACGCGGCCGUCAAUGCCUCUAAGCGAGAGCGGGAGGACGAAGGCGACGAGGAGGAGGCGGAGGAGGGUGGCCGCGCCAGCAAGCGCUCAAGGAACUGAAUGAGAUGGAUAGUUCGUUAGGUAGCUACAUGGCUUGUACGAUAGGAAUUCUGAGAAUGCAUAUUCUCUAGGCAUCGC